AUGCAGCGUCUGGAUGCACUGUUCAACGACUUCUGGGAGAAGCUCCAGCGGCGCGCACAGCGCACCAAGACAAAACGACAGGACCCCAUGGACCCAAGAGAGGGGAGCUAUGGGCGGCCGGGCAAGAGGGGAAUUCCCUUGGGCGCAACACGAGACCAAAAGCUGACACUCACCCACCCCGGCCCACCCAGGCUGCAGGCCAAGAGGGCCUUGACCCGAAGGCGUCGGCCACAUAGGCGGAAACGCAAGCGGCAAUCAACAUACAGACCUCCCGCCACCCCCAUGAGGGGGAGACACUCGGGCAACGUGUGCCACCGAGUCUCAGGCCAGAAGACGCAGGCCUGCACACCAGCUUGGGGCAAGAGGGACACCCCCACCACCGGCCGAGCAUCAGCACCUCCUCUGGACCAACCGGAGAGCCUCAGCCGCAUUCCCACAGAAGGAAUAGGAUAA